AUGGACGAAAAGCGAAAGAAAGAGUCUGCGAAUGAAGGUCUAGUAUGGCGAUUGCAUAGUACAUUCCAGGUGGAGUGGGACCCUCGACCAUGGUAUUUGGGUCCACGUGCCGCCGUGGAAGAUAUUUUCUCCGGUGGAGACGGGUUUGGAAAAGGAUAUUGGGAACGGUAUCACGAGCACGAGAGGCAAUUGGAAGAAGAACAGAGAAACAGAUCUCACAAUAACCAUCACAGAACUCUUAAGGAACCAGAGGCUAGAGAAAAUUUCCAGACCUGGCUGCUUGACAUGAGUUGA